AUUGACGUUUGGGGCUGGAUAAUAUCUUGGUGUGUGUGUGUGUGUGGGGGGGUGCUGUCGUGUACUUUGUUCUGGCUGCCACUCACUAGAUGCUGGUAGCACGUCUCCAUGUCUUUCUCUUUCUCUCUUUCUCUCACACGCGCGCGGGCGCGCGCGCACCCAGAUCGUGACAGUCAACAAUGUCUCCAGAUCUUGCCAAACGUCCCCUAGGGGAGAAAAUAGCUCACUGAUUGAAAACCACUGGGUUGGGGGAAGGCCGACUGGCCUCGGGGUGCAGAGAGUAGAACCACCCUCCCGGUUCUGCUCUCCGGUUCCUGUGAGCCCACAGAACACCCAAGCUGCGGAGCUCCGGAAGGUGGGGCUUAUGCAGAUGAGCGGCAGGUUUUGGCUGGGAGGCGGGCGUCUUUAUGCAGAUGAGGGGGCGGUGUCUGCAUGUUGAUAAGCUGGGCCCGCAGCCGACGCGGCUGGGAGUCUAUCGGGUCCCGCUGCGGUUCGGGCUGAGGUGGCAUCUCUCUUCCGCCCCCCCCGUCCCUAAGUUCCUACCCUCCGAGAAUAGCCCUCGACCUUUACCCUCGUCCAUUUCCCCCUCUCCUCCCUGCGCCAGUACCCCCGAAUCCUAAUCGCUCCACUCGUGGCGCCCCCCCGCGUUUCUCCUCUCCGCCGCAAACCCCGCGACCUCCAGCAGCCCGCCCCCGCGAGCCGGAUCCUGCCUGGCUGCUCCCGCCGCAACCUCCUCAGCCUUCCCGCUCUUCUAGAGCUCGCGCCACUACACCCCCGGGUGUCUCCCCUCGGGCUUACCGGUUCCCUCCUCCUUCCGCCCCCUCGGAGCCCCCUCCCUCGCCUUGGCCAGCCGGCAUGCAGGUGUCUAUCGCAUGUACCGAGCAGAACCUUCGCAGCCGGAGCAGUGAGGACCGUCUGUGUGGACCCCGGCCGGGCCCCGGGGGCGGUAAUGGCGGGCCGGUCGGCGGGGGGCAUGGGAAUCCUACAGGGGGAGGAGGGUCGGGCCCCAAGGCCCGGGCCGCAGUGGUCCCCCGACCCCCAGCGCCCGCUGGGGUCCUCCGAGAGAGCACCGGCCGAGGCACUGGCAUGAAAUACAGGAACCUAGGAAAGUCUGGUCUUCGGGUAUCCUGCCUUGGCCUAGGUACCUGGGUCACAUUUGGUUCUCAGAUCUCAGAUGAGACAGCAGAGGAUGUGCUGACAGUAGCCUAUGAGCAUGGCGUAAACCUGUUUGACACCACCGAAGUGUAUGCAGCGGGAAAGGCUGAAAGAACCCUAGGCAACAUCCUCAAGAGCAAAGGUUGGAGGAGAUCAAGCUAUGUCAUCACCACCAAGAUUUUUGGGGGAGGACAGGCAGAAACUGAGCGAGGCUUGAGCCGCAAACACAUCAUUGAGGGCUUGCGAGGAUCCCUGGAACGCCUCCAGCUGGGAUAUGUGGACAUCAUCUUCGCCAAUCGCUCAGACCCCAACAGUCCCAUGGAGGAGAUUGUGCGAGCCAUGACCUAUGUCAUCAACCAGGGCCUGGCCCUAUACUGGGGGACAUCCCGAUGGGGGGCUGCAGAAAUCAUGGUGAGUGUGCCACCCACCUCGCCGUCCUACAACUUGUUCCCACUUUUCACAUGGCCACUCCAAACCCCACUCUACUGGAGGGGGGGGAGUGGAAGAAAAUGGAAGGAGUGCUCUGACCCCCAUCUUUUCCCCACCCCAACUCAGGAGGCCUACUCCAUGGCCAGACAGUUCAACCUGAUUCCUCCAGUGUGUGAACAAGCUGAGCACCAUCUGUUUCAGAGAGAGAAGGUGGAGAUGCAGCUGCCAGAGCUCUACCACAAGAUUGGUGUUGGCUCAGUCACCUGGUCCCCUCUUGCCUGUGGCCUCAUCACUAGCAAGUAUGAUGGGCGAGUCCCAGAUACCUGCAGGGUCAACAUCAAGGGCUACCAGUGGCACAAAGACAAAGUGCAGAGUGAGGAUGGCAAGAAGCAACAAGCCAAAGUCAUGGACCUUCUCCCCAUCGCUCACCAGCUGGGCUGCACCGUGGCGCAGCUUGCUAUUGGUGAGACACUGCCAGCCCUGGACCCUGCAGAGGCCUUGUCUCCUCCUGAGAUGCUACCAAACCGCAGACUGGUUUGUCUCUGGGGAGGACCCUCUUCCUCGGAGACACCUCUGAAGUCUGCGUGCUCACUCUUUCCGACCAGUUCUUUUUUAUUUCCUUCUCUGGCCCAGCGUGGUGUCUCCGCAGUGAGGGUGUCAGCUCGGUCUUGCUGGGGGUGUCCAGUGCAGAGCAGCUGAUUGAACACCUGGGCGCCCUGCAGGUGCUGAGUCAGCUGACCCCGCAGACGGUGAUGGAGAUAGAAGGGCUCCUGGGCCACAAACCUCAUCUCAAGAAAUAGUCCGUCGGGGGCGCAGGGACCCGCUCCCAGGACCGCUUCCCGCCCCCGCCUCCCUCCCGCUCCGGAUCCCUCCACGCAGCGGCCGGAGCCAGGGAGGCCCCGCCCACUAACGAGUUCCGGUCACAGUAGCGAAAGCAUGAACAAAGCCAUAUCCUCCCGCAGUGGGGCUUGAGAGGGAAAGUAGUCCGCCGCCCCCUAUUGCGUCCUCCUAGGUCUCCCUGCUAAUCCUGGGCAUGAGCUACUGGGCUGUCCCCUCUCUGCCACUUAGCCUCGCUCCCUUCUCUCUUCCCCUAAUCGCCGAGGCCCAGGGGGAAAAAAGGCAGAUACAAGACCCAUGCAGAGUACCUCAGAAGUGGCCCUUGAAAUGUCAUCAAGGGGUAACAACCUAAUAUGAAGUGAGUUUUGAUGUCAUCUGGGACAAAGGAGAUGGGGCUCUUACAUUCGUUACAAAGGAAGCCAGGCUGGUCCUGGCAGGAAGUAAAUGAUAAUCUUUGGGAAACUAGGACCCUGCCUCAGCCAGGAGGUGGAGGAGGGCUUAAAACCACAAAAAGUGUUGAGACUUUGUUCUUGUCAGAGAGGGGUAGGGUGGGGAGUGCAGUGACAAAGCACUGAUGAGGGAAAAUUGACGGCCGAUGUAUAGCCUGUCCUGGCACAAGUGGCCAGGGAAGCCCUUGGAAAGUACGGUUGGGCCGCACUUUGCAGGAAAAGGUGACAGCCUUUAGGUCAGGGCAGAGAAAUGGGGCUGACAUAAAAAGGUCUGGGGAUAAACUUUUGAGCCUUGAGCAGGACUCCUACCCGGGAGUGGAGGACUGUAGUCUUCCUCCUGGCAAUAAUCUUAAAGCAAUAAUGAUGGCCCCUCUUGUGUAAGACUUCCCAGGGAACUGUAAAUAAAAUCUCAGCUUGAUCAUCACUUACCGCGUCUGAAAUUGCUGGGGGCUGAGAGGUUAGGAUCUCAGUCUCACGUAUCUGGGCCUCUAGCACCCUGCCGUUAGAAAGGUCCAGCACUACCUGUCCACUGCUCCUUUACCUCAGUGACCCAGGCAUCAUGCUCCUAGUCACUGCUCUCAUCAAGGACCCAGGCACCUGAUCCUCCAGGCCACAGCUUUCUUCCUUAGAACCCACAGGCCGGGCUUCAUAGCUUUGUUGCUCCUCCCUCUGAUGCUCACUCUUACCCUUGUUUUGUUUUUUUGUGUUUUUUUUUUGCGGUACGCGGGCCUCUCACUGUUGUGGCACGAACCUGCAUCCCCUGAAUCGGCAGGCGGGCUCUCAACCACUGCGCCACCAGGGAAGCCCCCUUGUUUUGUAAGUUAUAUUAGCCAUUCGUCUUGUUUCCCUCUUGCCUGAUACCCACACAUACGCCAAUGAACUAUCUAGGUGGUUUUCCUGUGGCUGAGGGGGAGGGGCUGUUCUGAGGUUGAGGCUUUGGGAUUUGGGGAAGGAGAGGUAAAAUGAAAACCGGUCUAUGGUUGAAAUGAUACAGAGACAGGGAAAAGAAAUAUUAUAAAGAAAAGAAAGAAAACAA